AGUGCCCUCCCUGCUUUGUGCAACUUUCACUUCCCGAUUUGUUUUUGAAGCAGAGUCGCACAGACGGCACUGCUUUGUGCAUUUCAGCACCAGUGUUGUCUUAAUUGCUUAACUGCUCUAGCUUGUUCUCUUGUUUUGCUGUCAGAAAGAUGUCUCUUCCUCGACAACUUCGAGAUGAAAGUGACUUUGAUCAGCUGCCCAAUGACAUUCCCAUCUCUGCUGCCAUUGCAGACAUCGAAGAGAGGACGGGAUUCUCUGCAUACUAUGAGUUUGUCAUUGAGGUGAAAACCAAAGGAGCGAGCAAGUACUUAAUAUACCGGCGCUACAGAAGAUUCUUCACCUUCAAUGAGAAACUGCAGGAGAGAUUCUCCUCUGAGAACCAGAGAGGACCCUAUACUUGUCUGCUCCCCCCUUUUCCAGGGAAGGUUUUCAUGGGGAAUAAGAAGGAGAUUGCUGAGAAGAGAAUCCCAGAGCUCAACUCGUACAUGAAGAAGCUCCUGUGCCUCCCCACCUGGGUCCUGCUGGAUGAUUUGAUCCGGAUGUUUUUCUACCAGGACGAGUCCGACAGCAAGCAGGUCCCGCGAGCCCUGCGCCGCUUGCGUCCCCCCACCCGCAAAGUCAAAACUACAAAAGUGAAACCAGAUCUUCUCUCAUCUCCUAGAGCUGAGGCGCUCUUCGAUUUCAACGGGACGGGGAAGCUGGAGCUGAGUUUUCGGGCUGGAGAUGUGAUCUUCCUGCUGCAGAGAGUGAAUGCAGACUGGCUGGAGGGCACUGUGAGGGAUGCCGUCGGGAUUUUCCCCCAGACCUUUGUGAAGGUGAUCAAGCAGCUGCCGGAGAAGGACUCAGACUCGGAGGAGAGUGAGGGAGGGAAACAGCUGAACUGCCUGCGCUGCUACUACUAUGACGCAGGGACCCCACAGAGCAGAGAUAUCUGUGUGGAAGAAGAGCUGUCGAUCCAGCCCUCCUACAACGACCUGCUGACUCGAAUGAGGGAGCUGUUUCACAAUGAAGACCUUGCUUUGAACUAUCGGGACCCGGAAGGGGACAUGAUUCGAAUUCUGGACGACCAGGAUGUAGAACUCAUGGUGUCGGAGUGCAAAAGUCAAAGUGCAGCAGACAGGCCGGCCAACCAGUUUCCAUGGGAACUCCACGUGACCCGAAUCGACGACCUUUCUGUUUACAACACAGAACCGUGAAGCAUUUAUCACAGCAAGUUUUGGAAACCAGACACAAUAUAGGACUUUUCUAUGACUCUACAUUGAGAUUAAAUGUAAUCCAUCAUUUUGUUUUUAACCAAAAAACUAAUGUUUUGUCCAGUGCCUUCUUUAGUGUAUUGAAGAAGCACCCUAGCCCAAAACAUGCAUCUGCUUGACUGAUUAUUUAAGUUGUGGAAUAUUUUUUUUCAUUUACUGCAAAAAGCUGCUGAUAAGUGCAAAAAUUAAGAAUUCUCGCUAACACGUAUGUGAUUCCCCUAGUAAAAGCAUAGCAAAGUGUAUCAAGCACAGUGAAAGCAUGGUAAAGCACAGAGGUAUGGUAAAGCAUGUUAAAAACAAGCCAUGCUAAACUAACCCUUAUUAAAGUUUUCCCUAGUCAAAGCAUAGCAAAGUGUAAUAAAGCACAGUGAAAGCAUAGGUGAGCAUUGUAAAGACCAGCGAGGUAUGGUAAAGCAUGUUAAAAAAAAACAUGGCAAAGUGCAGUACAGUAAAUGCACAGUUUAACCAUGGGAAAAGCAUGGAAAAACUAAAAUUACUGCAAAAAUACUGUGGUAAACUUUUAUAAGGGUAAUACUGCAUCUCAAUAGAUGAUUUGUUAUGAAUUUUACUGUCAGUUAAAUUAAAUAAAUAACUAGUACCACAAAAAUAAAAUGGAACUAUUAUAAUAUUUACAUUAAAAAUAUGUAUUGAAUGAACAGUGAGAAGUAAUAAUGUAUUUUAAUACUGGAAAAAUCUGCAUGCAAAUUUUAAAUUUUCCAAACAAUACAAAUCUGAUGUGUUUUUGUUUUUUGUUUGUUUUUUUUACUAACUUGUCUGGUAAUAAAAUGUAAAUUAUUAA